AUGGCUCAGAGUCUAACAGGUUAUGGGCCCAGGAACAGACUGUAUUUUGACGGUGAUGAGCGCAAGUACGAGUUAUGGGAAGUGAAGUUUUUGGGCUACAUGCGGCUACAGAAAUUGCAUAAUGUGAUUGAUCCUCCUGCAUCAAGUACGACUGCUGCAGACGUUACCAAAAAUGCCGAGGCAUUUGCGGAGUUGAUUCAGUUCCUGGAUGACCGUAGUCUAUCCCUUGUGAUGCGUGAUGCGAAGGACGAUGGACGUGAGGCACUGAGGAUUUUACGGGAACACUACUUAUCGAAAGGUAAACCCAAGGUCAUAUCACUGUACACGGAGCUCACAACGUUGCUUAAGGGAGAAAACGAGAGUGUUACAGACUAUGUGAUUCGAGCCGAGACGGCGGCAACUGCACUUAAAACGUCUGGUGAAACUAUUAGUGACAGCUUGUUGGUGGCAAUGGUGCUUAAGGGUUUACCUACGGAAUUCAAGCCAUUUAUGACUGUAAUUACACAAAGAGAAAAGGCAUUGACAUUUGCUGAGUUCAAGGUGUCUCUCAGAAGUUUCGAGGAGACAGAGAAGUCGUGCGGCGACAAAAGUGACAGUGACAGAGUGAUGAGGAUAGAGUCUCGUAAAUUCAGUGGUACGUGUUUCAAGUGCGGUCUUCAGGGUCACAAAUCGGUCGACUGCCGUGUCUCUAGACCGAACCAGACUUUAAGAAGAUGGUGUGAGAACUGCAGGAAUAACUCCCACGAUACGAAGUUUUGUUGGAAGAGUUCGGGGGGUAACAGUGGUAAAGACUCUGCCAGGAACGUAAAAGAUUAUAGUGAUGAUUAUGACAGUCAGAGCCACAGUUUUGUGUUUAAAGUGGGGCUUCGGAGAUCAGAGACUGAAUCAUGUGUUGUGGUUAACAAGUUAAUGGUGGACUGUGGUGCAACUACUCAUAUAAUCAAUGAUGACUCCAAAUUUGUGUGUUUUGACAAGCAAUUUGAUCCUGAGAGACAUUUUAUUGAACUAGCUGAUGGUAGUAGAACAAAUAAUCUGGUUAAAAAGAAAGGUGAUGCCUGUGUUACCCUUGUAGACUCUUGUGGUAAUGUUCAUACAACAAUUCUGGAAAAUGCUCUCUAUGUACCUUCCUUCAAGCAAGAUAUUUUCUCGGUUCAAGCUGCCACUGAGAAGGGUGCAUCAAUCGAGUUUAAACCACUCUAUGUACCUUCCUUCAAGCAAGAUAUUUUCUCGGUUCAAGCUGCCACUGAGAAGGGUGCAUCAAUCGAGUUUAAACCAAAUUCUGCAGAGUUAACAUCUACAAACGGUACAAAGUUUGACAUAGUUAAGCAUGGUAGACUGUAUUUCUUAAACAAUACUGUGUUCAAAUAG